CCAAAGGUUAGGUAGAUACUGAGUCAGUGGUGUGAUGAUUAUCCUAAAACUGAAUGCAAUAACGACAAAAUGUACAGAGAACAGAAUUCAAAAUAUGUCGCUUAUUCACCUUCAGCUAGCUAGCUUACCCAAACAAAAUUCAGAAUCACUUCGAGCAGAGCCAAAAGCCCAUAUGCGUUCAUCAAAUCACUGUACAGACACGGGGGAAAAGGUGCAGAAACACUGAACCACAGAGCCAGCAAACAAAAAUAACAGGGCACACAAGCAAAACCAAAAAAUCCAGAUGAUAACUGAACUCCAUUUUACAACUGCAUAACCGUGCUUCAUUUUACAACUAGACCACUGAAAAAUCACAAAGCAAUCAAGCAGCAAACAGAGGCAUCGGAUGAUAACUGAACUUUCCAUUGCCAUUUCAUUCCAGCAUCGGGACAGACAAGAGGACACAUCAUAUCAACACAAACAAACAGAAGCACCCAGCAUCAUCUCUGAAAUUUACAGAAAUUUACUCAGUGAUGUGCAGGCCAGCGGCGGGCGUGAGGUAGUCGGAGAUUCCUUCUCCGGCAACGUCGUCUCGGCAUCCCACACGGCGCGGUCCUCGCGGGACUGCACGAACCCGUCGCCGGCGGUCCUGCUCGUCGUGGCCGUGUGGCUGUGGCUGCUCCUGUCGGCCAGCGGCGCGCUGGCGGACGGCGGCAACGGCACGGUGUGCAUGUGCAUGGGCCCGCAGUGCGUGCCGCCGUGCCCUGUCCCUGGGACGCCGACGCCGACGACGUCGCCGACGCAGUUCCCCUUCUGCCCGCAGAGGCCGCCGGAGGUCGGGCCCUUCCCCUCUGCAGCGAGCCGGAGGUCCCCGCCAACCUGAGGAAGGUGGAGCAGCCGCGCUUCAGAUCCAGACGCCGUCGCGCCGAGCUCCCCCUCCCGCACCACGAUCUCCACCUUGGCCUCCUCCUCCCGCUGCUCCAGCAUGGAUCGAGUACCGCCGCCCACGGAUCGAGCACCGCCGCCCCCGAAUCGAGCACCGCCGUCACGAAUCGGGCACCUCAGCUGGUAAAAAUGUCACCUUUCACCGACGAGAGGGAGGCGGGUUGCUAGGGUUAUGGGUGGUGAGGUGCAAGACUGCGGUGAGGAAGACGCCGACGAGAGGGAGAGGGUGGCGACUGGCCGACGAGAGGGCGAGCGGUCGGGGUCGGAGAGAGCGAGCUGUCGGGGAGAGAGAGAGCGAGUGGUCAGGGAGAGAGUGAGAGCUGCGAGCGGUCGGGGAGAGAGCGCGCGGGAGGGCAAAACGGGAAAGCGAAGAAAAA